AUGUCGGGAGCCGCGUACGACCACAACAACAUUUUCGCCAAGAUUAUCCGAGGAGAGAUACCGUGUCAUAAGAUUUUUGAGACCGAGCAUUCACUCGCAAUACUGGAUGCGUUCCCCGUGACUGAGGGGCACGCUUUGCUACUGCCGAAGGUGGAGGGAUAUGCUACGAUGGACGCAAUGCCCUCUGAGGUUGCUGCGGCUUUCCUUGCCGAUCUUCCCAAACUCGCGAGAGCAGUGAAACUGGCUACUGGUGCUGACGGUCUCAACAUCUGUCAGAACAAUGAGAAAUGCGCUGGGCAGGAGGUUCCUCAUGUUCAUGUCCAUGUGAUCCCUCGCUACACUAAUGACACGCUGGGCAUCAAGUUCCCUGCUAGUGCAAAGGAGAUGAUUACUCCUGAGGAAGCCAAGCAAGUACUGAGGGAUGUGAAAGCUCUGGGCGCUACGGGUGUGAAUUUGAUGGAUAAAUUAACUUCAAAGAACGCUGCUAGUAUAGAUUGGAGAACGGUCGAGACUUUACGGACGAGAGUCGAGGAACUGAGGAAGUUCAGGGCCAGCCGGAUGGGGUCAAAGACUCUUUCAGAAAGUGAAAACGCCUCUGCGAACAACAUCAAUCGACAGAUCCAAGAGAUUCUGAAAGAGACGUUAACCAUUGAUGAGCAGCUCGCCAAUCUCGAAAAUCUCGAUCUCCCUACGGAGAAGGAAAGUACAACGACAACUGAGGAUGGAACGGCUAGGGUUAAAGCGCUCCUAUUUCGCAAACCUAAGUUGGAAACGGUAACUUCACAAUCGGUGGUUCGCAUCGAUUCGGGAAAGGGUACGGCAACUCCAGAGGAGGGCCUAUCGGCUCAGAAGAGUAUUGGGAUGGGGGAUAGCUAUGAGAAGGCCACGCAGUGCGAACGUUUACGCGAUAAUACUGAGCAAGAGAUCCCAGCGGCUGAGUUGGAAUGUGUCGUCCAGCGUGAAUCGCCUCCAGUGAAAUCGUGGUCGCGGGGUCGACGAUCUUCUGCCCGUAACCCGAUAUUCCCGAGGCGGGGUUCGAGCGCACUGGACAAGAUGAGAGCAGCUGCGAGGGCCGCUAAUCAGGAAAACUACGAUGGUAGCACUCCUGCUCGAAACGACGUCGUCAGUCUCACCGAAGAAGAGAAAGAGAAUAUUUGCAAACAGCGAGAUUUUGAAGAGUUCAUUCAGCGCGCGAGCAAAAUUGUUGAGAAAGCCAUAGGCAUUUCUGACCUACCGAACCCUGUGGUCUGUAUCUGGUCGGUGGCAAUGCAGAAACGUCCAGAAUUCGUGCUCCGAAGUCAUACUGCUGUUGUGACCGCUAUGAGCGACAAGUUCAAUCCGACUAUCUAUCUGGGAGGCUCCGCGAGUGGUUGCGUAUUAAUUUGGGAUACAAGAGCCAAGAGCGAGCCUCAUCACUCGGUCCUUCUGCGCGACAGUGAUCAAAGAGGUUACUCGGUAUCCGCUGUUGCCUUUUCUGCGACUGAUGCUAACCUUAUCACGCUGGGGACCCACGACGGUCACAUUGUGAGGAUCCUCAUCCGCUCAGGGACAUCAGGGCCAUGCAGAAACCGACAGCUUGUUGUUCUUGCAGUGAGGCGAGGUCUUGAUGAUCUUCUAGCUUCCGGAUCAGUAGAUUGGACGGCCAAAUUGUGGAAUAUGGCCGGGAUGGAAGAGAACAUCAAGGCUGCAAGUCGAGACAGGACUAGCAGCGCAACUGAUCUCUCUAGCAUACUCGGGAUUUCGGAGGAUCCGCCGGCUACUGCUUCAGCAACGGUGGACACAUUCAAGGACACUGUGACAGACGUCCGAUGGCAUCCUCAUCAUCCGGCGAUCCUUGCGGUCUCCACCGUUGACGCUAUUCACAUCUGCAACCUCAACUCUAACAUCGAAUCACCAAUACAUAGCAUUCGAACUCCCGGAUCGGCCCCCCAACGGCUUGCUUGGAGUGCAGAUGGACGUUUGCUCCUUGCCGGAGAUGCAGAGGGACGAGUUACUCUCUAUGAGGCGGAUCGUACUGUGUAUCAGCCGAGAUCAGAGGAGUGGACUAGAUUCGAGGGGAGGCUCUGGGCGGAGGAAGAAACAACCGCGGACGAGAUAUGA